CUCCAUAUGAGAAGGUAUACUCAAGUUUUUACAAACAUGUCUCAUGUGUCAAUUAUUUCUAGAGAAAAAAAAAACAGCGAGAGAUCUAACAAAUAACUCAAUUUGACAUAUUGCAACGCAAGUUGAAGAAAUGGGAAAUGGGAGUUGUUGUGCACCCUGUUGCGGUGGAUGCUUGGAGUCGCCUGUUAGGUCCUUUUAACGGUAAAAGGAGCCAUCAAACGGCUCACGGGCGCCGUUACCAGCCCAGCCCUGAUUGCACCAGGUGUGCCUCUGAUGCUCGGGGUGAAAGCCUUACGAGCAGCUUGCAGCGCUGCUCCUGAACGUGACCCCAAAGCUCGGCUCCGCGCGCACCGUGACCGCCUUCCAGCCGGCUCUGUGAUCGGUUCGCACCUCGCGUGCUUUCGCGUGUAGCCAAGGUCGCGACCAUGCACCUGUGAGGAAACAUGUACGCGACUCUUGACAACGUCUCGACUCCAGCCGACUCCACCCUGUCAGGUGUCGACCCGCAGAGACUGCGGGAGCUGGCUCACCGCUCCGUCAAAGUAAGCGUUAUUAUCGUUUUGGGCGUGAUGAUCACUUUGGGGAAUAUCGCGGUUCUCCUGGUUAUUACUUCCUCCGUGGCUGGUUGGUCAAGAAACUCUCGGUACUUUCUCCUCUCUCUCACUGCUGCAGACUCUGCGUUUGGACUGCUGGUCAUGCCCUUGAAUCUGUGGGUGAGUCUGCUAAAGGACUACACCGAAGGGCCAGAUGCGCUUUGUCACGUCGUGGCCUUCUGCAAUGCCACCGUGUACUCCACCUGCAUGUACACCCUGGCCACGAUCAGCCUGGAGAGAUACAUCGCGGUGUUUUACCCGCUGCAAUAUUCCUCUCUGAUGACGAGGAAAAGGACACUGCUCCUGAUCGCCUUCGCCUGGUGCUUCCCUCCCUGCCUACUGUCGCCCAUAUCGUUCCCAGGUGGCAUUAUUGAGGUUCAUUUUUCCACCGCGUCCCUGGUCUGCAACCCGUCCUACUCCACGAACGUCGGAUACUCCCUCGGCCUCACGUGCUUUAUAUUUUUCCCCUGCUCCAUCGUCAUGACGUACGCUAACCUGAGAGUGUGGUGCGCGGCGAAGAGACAGCGGCUGAAACUGCGCAAAUACGACUGCGCGCGUCGCAAGAGGCACAACGUGGCAUCCAGAGUGCUCGUGCCCGUGAUGGCAGCCUACUACGCCUGUUGGACGCCCUGCAUGGCGGCUAUGAUCUACAAUGCAGUCUCGGGUAGCCGCGCACCAGAGUGGAUCGAGUUUGUGGUGGUUUGGCUGCCAACAUCCAAUGGUUUCCUCAACUGCAUCUUCUACUUCUGGGUAAACCGAAGUUUCCGCAGGAAAUUCCACCUCGUCCUCCACAGGCUGGCUCUGGCCAUCUGCCCCAAACUGGCCGACACGCUUGAAUCCUGCAGCCCUCUUAAGACACAGUUUGUGUCAGGAAUUCUGGAUAAUAACAACAGUGUCCAUGACCGUUCUUCAAGUGUCUCCUCCACCUGCACCCUGUUGAGUUUGGCUUAGGAUGUCUGCACCAGAAGAGCUCCACUGGCACGGUAAGAAACACUGUUAGUGACCUCUGUGCUGUUUGUACUGCUGGGCAGGUCAACUGAGGUCACACCAUUGUCCUAUAAGGAGCUCAGGGUAAGAUGCGGGUUACAUGGGUUACAAUGCAUACAGGGUUGCACUAAGGAAUGCAAUCAUGGCAAGCACUUAAUCACCACUGCAUUUGAGUAUUGUGUACUUUUCUUUUCUUUUUUUGUUGCUAAAUGUAUUGUUCAGUUGAGGAGAACAUAUAGGCUCAAUUUAUAACUUAUUUGGAUUUUUUUUGUUUUACCCAUGCAUGGCAUAUUUCUAAGAUGUGAUUCACUGUCAGACACGGCAUCUUAAAACACCUUUUAGUUGUUUUAUAGUUAUCAGCCUUCUCUGUGCCACAGAAAUGCCUAAUGUUAUUUUUGUAAAUGGCUAUAGAACCAAUCUUGUCCUAGUCAGCUGUUGUGUAUUUAGACUUGUUGCUUACGUAAACACAUUCGGCUCAGACCUUUGAGUUUGGUAAAUUUGAUCAUCACAAGAAAUUUUGACUCCUAAUCAAAAUGUGUGAACAAUAUGCGAUUACAAGCGCUUUGAAGGAUGAACGGCAUCAAAAUCUCCUUCUGUUUGAACCGUGCGUCAAAGAUCUAAGACUUAUAACAGCUAAAGGAAGUUAACCUUCAAGUCCCGGCAUUUCAGUGUGUAUAAAAGGAGAAAACUAAUUAUGCGGCCACACUGAAGAAAGGUCACCACAUAUGUGCUGGAAAGAGAUAACUUGGGUAACUUCUGAGGCUGCGAUUGUUUAUUUUGAGAUCUUAAGUCCAGCAGCAUCCUCUCAGCGUCUUACAACCACAGUAUGGAAUCAACUUGGCAAUGCCAAUGACAUGUUUUUCACUAAAUGGAGUUAACACUCGUAUAGAUUCAUUUGAAAUCAGGAGUAUUUCCUAAAACAUUCAUAGAAACAGAUUUUCAGGUACAUUUUAUACAACUUAUUUUAGCCUAAGGGUGUCCCCAUCGUUCAUGUUUGUGCAUAUACUAAUGUGUUAAGCAUCAGAAGGACUGUAUCUAAAUAAUGCAAAAAUAUUACCUAUGUUAAUAAUGACUUUUGUAUGUAUACAUUUUGUUAUGUUUCUAAAUUUCUAAUUUUAUAAAGAAUGAACAAAAAACAAUUGAUAAUGUAAUGGUUUUUAGAUGACCAUUGAAAUAAAGCAUUAUGCCUUUGAAGUGUCUUUGCUUAGUUUGAGUUCAGUAUUUAACAAUGCGUCAUGUAUCAAAAAAAAAAAAGACGUUUAAGUUCCUUAAUACGUAAGAAGUUACUAUAUGGUUUGCUAAAGACAAGUGUUUAAACAUGCAAGUUUGUUUUUCUCAGGUCACAUUUUAAAGCUUUUCACUUUACAUUAUUUGGAUUUAAACUGAUAUUUAAGACGUAGUUUUUCAUUAACUCAUUAAUGUGGUGUGGGCCAGAGCCCCUGGCUCUGCAACGUGACUUGGCAGAAAUGUUAUAUUUUUGUUAGAUAUUUUUCCCUAGAGUAAAUUGAUUUUUCACGGGUCUUAAUCCUUCAGGAAAAAAAGUGAGUAGGGGAUGUUUUUAUUGUGAAAGGAGAGCCUUUUAGUGAGCCUUUUAAGCAGUUGUCAAAGCUACAAAGCCCUCUAAGGAUUUCCUCUGCAGACCGCAAAUCUGACACGCACAUUGGUUGUUUGUGCUCCUGCAUCUCUGCUAAUGACAUUUCUGCAUGUAUGAAGAAAAAAAAAAAAAAGAAAUUU